AUGGAAGGAUUUGACCGCUUGCCCCGGUCUCCAAGCGAGCUCCACUGGAAUCCGUAUCUGUCGCCUUGGUCAAGCUUUUGUGGUAAUGGUCCCAUGCCAGAUCUCGGCUUCGCACUUUGGAAGCGUCGGUUCUGGAUCCUCGUUGCCGCUGUCGAGAAGGGGUUUACAGCUGAAGAAGCGGAACCCAACUGCGACAAAGAUCUCGUCAAGACCAAGAGGGCCAGAUUCCGUAUCUUGAUGGGUGGACGCAGCGCUCGGGCAGACCGCUUCCGGAACAUGUUCCAGCUGCACGAGCCUUCCGUUCCUUGGUAUCCAGUGGAGAACUUGCCGUUCGUUCCCAAGACAACCGACUGGCUCGCGGAAGUUCCUGCGCUGGUGGAUCGGCCGCGAUGGCGUGCAAACUGGGUGUACCGACCGUUCGAUCACCCGUACAACACGACCUACGUGCCCUGGAAUUGUGAGGCUCUGAUCUUCUGCCCCCGCGCUGUUGAUGCCGCGAUGGCUAGCGAAAUCGCUAGGGCCAUCAUUGCCAAUCCUUGCUUGCAACCUCCCUAG